AACCAGAUAUAAGCAGCAGGACCAGGCAGCAUGUGCUGAAGGACACACUCGGCUAACAGACCACCAUUGCUAGAAAGCAGCAAGAAGGGGAAACUUGGUGUUGUCAGACGACCAAAGACGAUUUACGAUAAAAGAAGACUUCUGUCAAGCAACGAUGGACCAGGCCAGGUCAACAAUAUCAAAAAUAUUCAAUGGGGAACCACACUCGUACACACGUUUCAACUUGACCCAGAACAUGGAAGGCGACAACAGCCAAGUGGAGAUGAAGCUGUCGUCCGACAUGGAAGAAGAAGUCGGAGGAAAUGGAGUGGGAGCCCAUCUCAGUCAUAACGGCAACCACAAAUCCUACAUGAACUCCAAGUUUGGACGCACACCAAAGAACCUUUGCUUUAUGGUUGCCACCAUCUUCCUCAUCUUGAUCAUCGGGUACUUGAUCGGCUAUCUGGUCCAUGGGAAAACCGAUUCGCCUCCCAGCUGCGCAGCAUCCGCGCAACUUCCUGAUGUGCCGGUCAUCCACGAGACUGGAGCUGCUCCCGUCAUGAACUGGGAGAAGGUCAAGGAUGAGCUUGCUCAGAAACUGACGACAUCGAACUUCAAAACCGUCUUUAGUGAUUUUUCCCUUGCGAGCCAUCGGGCUGGUUCUUCAGGUGAUGACGCCUUGGGAGACAAAGUGGUCAGGACGUUUAAAGAAUAUGGCAUGAAAACCUGGACUGAUGAGCACUUUGUCAAAGUGCAGGAUCCUCCGCUUUCUGGCUAUAACAAAAUUAUUUUCAAGAAUGGCCCAGAGGAGCGUCAAAAUGGAUUUCUUUCCUACAGUGCCAAUGGAAAAGUGCAGGGAGCUAUUCUGUACGCCCACUAUGGACAGGAAAGUGACUUUCGAUUGCUGCGGGACAGAAACAUCAACAUGAGUGGCAGAGUUAUGUUGAUCAGAGCUGGACUGAUCAGCUUUGCAGAAAAAGUAGCCAAUGCUGCCAAAAUGAAGGCCUCUGCUGUGUUGAUCUACCAAGACGCCACGGAUUACCCUACCGACGAGACCACUCAACUCUUUGGUCAUGUCCAUUUGGGUUCAGGGGAUCCCUACACCCCUGGCUUUCCCUCCUUCAACCACACCCAGUUUCCACCUGCCCAGUCCUCCGGCCUGCCAAAUAUCUUGGCUCAAACUAUCAACACGCGCACGGCCACCAACAUUCUCAGACAACUGGGGGGUCAGAAUGUCCCGGAAGAGUGGGGAGGUUUCAACAAACUUGGUAGCGACAGCGAUGUCGUCGCUGUGGAGGUCAACAACUAUCUUGUUGAGAAAAAAAUCAACAAUGUCUUUGGCGUCAUCAAGGGCUUUGUGGAUGCAGAUCGUUACGUGGUCAUUGGUGCCAAAAGGGAUGCCUGGGGUCCGGGUUUUGCCGCGUCAACCGUCGGAACCAGUGUCCUGGUGGAACUGGCUCGUUCCAUCUCAAGAAUGGUAAAGAAGGGCGGCUUCAAACCAAGGAGGAGCAUUGUGUUUGCUAGUUGGAGUGCUGGAGAAUACGGGAGUGUUGGCGCCACCGAGUGGCUGGAGGGCUAUGUGUCAUCUCUUAGUAUGAAGGCCUUCUCUUACAUCAACCUUGAUGGCAUUGUAACAGGUCACAGUGGCUUUAAAGUAUCAGCCAGUCCUAUGAUGUACACUUUGAUUGAACGCACUCUCAAAGAGGUGAAACUUCGGAAUGAGGCCGUGCCCCUAUUCUCUCAGUUUGGAAAGGACAACUGGCAAGCUAAUGUGUUGGAACCCCUGCAGAUGGAUAACGCUGCUUAUCCUUUCAUCGCCUUCUCUGGAAUCCCAUCUGUGUCUUUUAGAUUCACGUCUGGUAAUUUAGACUAUCCAUAUUUUGGCACGUUACUGGACACCCAAGAAAAGCUGAUUUCUAUCACGUCCAACCAGCAUCUACAGCUGGUUGAAGCCGCCGCCAAAUUUGCAGGCCACAUCGCGCUGAGGCUUGUCCACGACCAUCUGCUGCCGAUGGACCUGCUGAAGUACGACAAGGUUAUUCGUUCUCACGUGAUUCAGAUCAACAAGAAAGUGGAUACCGUUGAGAGGAUGCAGCCUCAUCUCCUACCCAUGUCAAUGCAGUGGCUGUUCUCAGCCGCCAGCUCCUACAGCCGAGCUGCUCGUAACCUGAUGACCGAUAUUAAAAAUAGCGACUUGGAGGACGUUGAGAUGUGCCGCAUAUACAAUGACCGCAUCAUGUCGGUGGAGAGGAACUUCUUAUCAGCGUAUGUGUCCGCCAAAGAAAGUCCUUUCCGCCACAUCCUGCUCGGCUCUGGUCCACACACACUGAAGGGGCUGUCCGACCACCUUGACUCCCUCAGGACCGACAACCCACCAGCGACCACAGAUGAGUUUCGAAACCAGUUUGCCUUGGCAACCUGGAUGCUUCAGGGAUGUGCCAACGCACUAGCAGGCGACAUUUGGCCGUAUGAUAACGACAUGUAAUAAGUAAUUGUUUUUUCACAUGGUCCUGAUUGUGAAAAACUAUAUUACGUAAAAUUGAAUAAUAAUAAUAAUAAUAAUGAUGAUGAUAAUAAUAAUAUAUACCAGGUAAAAGCUGCCUCAUCUCUCUUUACUCUUUAAUUAAAGAUGACAAGGCUUUUCACUUUAACAACUUUAACACAGUAUUUUCUUAAACGUUCUGUUUUGCCGAAAGAAGGUUUGCUGAAAACAUUGGUGCUAUUGUAUUUAUAUUCAUUGCUACUGCAAAAUUCAAACCGUAUCACACAAAUGCCAGUACUUUAACUUGCAGACUUGCAAAACAACAAACGGGCAUUAUGAUUCCAUCAAGUCAUUGUUUUGCGUCUGCUCUAAUAACAUCUAAUAACAGUCAUUUGCAAUAAAUUGAAUGGAAUCGAUAACAGCUACAAUAGAUGAGGAACAUCUAGGCACCAUUUGAUCCAUGUGCUGCACUGAUGACAUUAAAAAAAAAAGUCCAAUAAGAAAAAAAUUACAAAAAAAAACACUGAAACAGAAAACUAUUUAUUGUAUUAUUUAUUUAUCAGUGGCAGGGUUCACUAUAAAUAGUUUUUUUUAUAUGACCUUUUAUAGAAAAUGUAUAAUUAUCGGAAGCAGUGCCUUCCAUAAUUAUGACAGUUAUACUGUCGAAAUGACAAAAGCAGCAUCUGCUUAAAAGAAGCGCCAACGCACCGAGGAGCGCAGUUUUUUUUAAAACACUGGAGUCCUCAUCAGAGCUCAUGUGCUGAUGUAACGCUUCCCAUCUUGACAAGCAUUAUCGGGAGCAGCGUCUUCCAUAAUGGGGAAACCAAGAAGGUAGUUUUUGCCUACCAACGUGUGUCUGUAUCGGAGGCAGUGCCCUCCAUAUUUCACUGUAGGGGGUGGAUUUUUUAUAUUAUCGGGAACAGUGUUUCCCAUAAUCUUUGUAUAUACAGUCGCUCAACUUUACUAGUUUAUGUACUUUCUUGCCACGUCCAAUGAAGGCUGCAUUUUUCUGCUCACAGUUAUCAAAACCGUUUUUUUAAUAGCAUUUUAUUUGUAUCAAAUCAAUCAGAAUACACUCCUGAUUAAAAUUAUAAGGCCAGUUACAUUUUUGUAUAUCAUGGAGGUUCUAAGUAGAGCUUCAAAAUGCAAAAAGAAGAAAUGGGAAUGAGACAACCCCCCCAAAAAUCGAGUAAUAAAAAAUGUAGUUUGAAGACCACGGCCUUUAAAAGCUUGUCAUUUUCUGUCAAGUGUCACAUUGUCCUGAUGGCAAAGGCAAAACAGCUUUCUCUCUUUAUAAGGAAGACCUCCAGGAAGAUCCUUUUGGCUGUCACACGUGACUGUUAUCGUCAUCAAUGCCACAAACCUUCCAAAUAUACAAACAACACGGGACAUUGAAAGGUGGAAGAUAAAAAGCUUUCUCUCUUUGAACGUGAUUGGAUUGUUGAGCCGUACAAGCAAGGCCUUUCGCAGCCAGAGGAUCCUAUUGGCUGUCUGUCAAGACAUGUGACCGUUAUUGUCAUCAAUGACACAAACCUUCCCAAUACACAAACAACACGGGACAUUGAAAGGUAGAAGAUAAAAAGCUUUCUCUCUUUGAACUCGAUUAGAUUGUUGAGCCGCACAAGCAAGGCCUCUCGCAGCCAGAGGAUCCUAUUGGCUGUCAAGACACCGAACCAUUAUCGUCAUCAAUGCCACAAACCUUCCCAAUACACAAACAACACGGGACAUUGAAAGGUGGAAGAUAAAAAGCUUUCUCUCUUUGAAUGCAAUUGGAUUGUUGAGCCGCACAAGCAAGGCCUCUCGCAGCAGGAGGAUCCUAUUGGCUGUCUGUCAAGACACCAAACCAUUAUUGUCAUCAAUGCCACAAACCUUCCCAAUACACAAACAACACGGGACAUUGAAAGGUGGAAGAAAAAUGUAACCUUGCUAGUUUUGAUGGCUUCCAACGUUACUGGCAUGAUAAGGAGAUCGAAUUGUCUUCCACACGGCUCAGUAAUUGCACCUUCAUGAUCUGUCAAAAGCUCACUCUUUUGGACCAUCAUGCAUGUUCACCUGAUUAAAUCAAAUUGAGAACAUUUGGGGGUCAAAGAAAAAUUCCCACUAGCCUGCUGGAAACACUGGCAUCAAACACACCCAAAUGCCAAAACGUAUGCCACUUCCAUUUUGUCCUUUUCCAUUUUGAAGCUGUACUUCGAAACUCUUUGGUUCAACUGGUCUUGAAAUUACAAUCAGGAGGGUAUGUGACGGAUCUAGACGAUCGGAGUAACAUUUGUGUUUGACCUUCCUUUUGGGUGUGUAAAGGUCACAUGUGCCUUUUCUCUCAUUACUGCAUCGCUGCUUCUUCUACUUACCAGUGCUGAAAGUGUUAAUUCUAAGGGUAUAGCAUUAGAAUUUGAUUAGUUACAUUUCUGUAUGCAUGUCCUUGGGUGGGUGUUUUUUACGACUGUUCCGCCACAAUCAAAAGUUACUGACUCAAAAGCUGGUCUUGCCAUCCAUCACACAUAUUGACUCAGUAAGUUAAGCUACCAAUCAAAAGAGAACAAGUGAAAUGAUUUAUAUGUCAUUUAUAUACUAAACUAAAUCAGGUUGCACGUAGAGCAUAAAAAAAAAUCGUGUCAUUGUUUUUAGCACGGUAGCCUUACGAUGAUGUGGUGUUCAGGGCUCAACGUGGCAAAUCAGUGUAUUUUCUUCCUAAAUGUUUUGUGUGCCAUGUUACAGUUCUGUUUCUGCAAAUAAACAAUCAUCUCAUAA